ACCCCUCAUCAAGCCCUACUGAGCUGCUCCGUGUAUCCCCUGGUCUCCUUCCCUCAGACCUCAUCUCUCCUUUAGCUAGCAGACCCAGAGGACGUGUGGACACAGCAGCCCAAUGGAGCAGAUAGUGGUGCUGAUCACAGGAUGCUCCUCUGGGAUAGGCCUCAGUCUGGCCGUCCGGCUGGCCUCGGAUCCAGCGAAAAUGUACAAAGUCUAUGCCACCAUGAGGAAUCUUGCCAAGAAGGAGCGUCUGCUGGACUGUGUGAAAGGCCUGCACAAGGACACCCUGGACAUCCUCCAGAUGGACAUCACUGACCAGCAGUCCAUUCUGGAUGCCAGGGACAGGGUCAGGGAGAAGAGGGUGAACAUUCUGGUGUGUAAUGCUGGUGUGGGGUUGAUGGGGCCGCUGGAGGCCCAGUCCCUGGCCACCAUGAGGAGGAUCCUGGAGGUCAACCUCCUGGGCACCAUCAGCACCAUCCAGGCCUUCCUACCAGGGAUGAAGGCCCAGGGCCAUGGACGCGUCCUGGUCACUGGCAGCAUCGGUGGGCUACAGGGACUCCCCUUUAAUGAGGUGUACUGUGCCAGUAAGUUUGCAGUAGAGGGCGCCUGUGAGAGUCUGGCCAUUCUCCUGCAGCACUUCAACAUCCAUGUGAGUCUUAUUGAGUGCGGCCCUGUCAACACGGAUUUCCUGGACAACCUGCAGAGGGCAGAGCCAGGGGACUCUUCGCUGCAGCAGGUCGACGCACACACACGCAGCCUCUAUGACACGUACCUGCAACACUGUGGGAUGGUGUUCCAGAACGCAGCUCAGGACACAGAGGAUAUUGUGAAGGUAUUUCUGGAUGCCAUCCAGUCAUCGAACCCUGCAUUCAGAUACUACACCAACAAUGCCCUCAUUCCGCUCAGCAGCCCUAAGAUCUCAGCGCUGGACGGGUCCCAGUACAUCAGAAAUAUGAGCAAGAUCAUCUUCUCAACCAAUGGGAAAGGGGAACAAAAAUAGCCAUCAAACUAUAGAAUGUAAUAUAACCCUUUACUUUAUACAUACAGUACCAGUCAACAUUUUUAGAACACCUAUCCAUUCAAGGGUUUUUCUUUAUUUUUAUUAUUUUGUACA